CAAGAUGCUGGCUGGACAAGUCCUGGUGGGCUGGCUCUCUUCCUCCUCCUUCGCGCUGAUGGUGCUGUUCGGCUCCCUCCGCCCCUCGGCCGCCUACUUCGGGCUGACAGGCAGUGAGCCCCUGACCAUCCUCCCACUGACGACAGAAAUGGAGGAGGCUGCCGCAAAGGCCCACUAUAAGGUGUGUGACCGGCUCAAGCUGGAGAAGAAGCAGCGACGCAUGUGCCGGCGGGAUCCGGGUGUGGCCGAGACCCUCAUGGAGGCCAUCAGCAUGAGUGCCCUUGAGUGCCAGUACCAGUUCCGAUUUGAGCGCUGGAACUGUACUCUGGAGGGUCGCUAUCGGGCCAGCCUGCUGAAGAGAGGCUUCAAGGAGACUGCCUUCCUCUAUGCCAUCUCCUCAGCCGGCCUGACCCACGCCCUGGCUAAAGCAUGUAGCGCCGGGCGUCUGGAACGCUGCACCUGCGACGAGGCGCCGGACCUGGAGAACAGGGAGGCCUGGCAGUGGGGGGGCUGCGGGGACAACCUUAAGUACAGCAACAAGUUUGUCAAGGAGUUCCUGGGGAAGAAGUCCAGCAAGGACCUGCGUGCCCGUGUGGACUUCCACAACAAUCUGGUGGGGAUGAAGGUGAUCAAGGCUGGCGUGGAGACCACCUGCAAAUGCCACGGGGUCUCCGGCUCCUGCACCGUCCGCACCUGCUGGCGCCAGCUCUCACCAUUCCACGAGGUGGGCAAACAGCUGAAGCAGAAAUACGAGGCCUCCCUCAAGGUGGGGAGCACCACCAACGAGGCGACAGGCGAGGCCGGAGACAUCCCGCCCCCACGAAGGGCCCUGGGUUCUUCUGGGCCCGGUACCGACCCUCUCCCGCGCACCCCAGACCUGGUGCACUUGGACGACUCCCCCAGCUUCUGCCUGGCGAGCCGGUUCUCCCCGGGCACAGCUGGCCGGAAGUGCUAUAAGGACAAGAACUGUGAGAGCAUGUGCUGUGGGCGUGGGCACAACACUCAGAGCCGGGUGGUCACUCGGCCCUGCCAGUGCCAGGUCCGCUGGUGCUGCUACGUGGAGUGCAAACAAUGCACCCAGAGGGAGGAGGUCUACACCUGCAAAGACUGACCGCUAGCCAGUCUGCCUGGCUGCCUUCUCCUCCACAUUUGGGGCCGGGGUGGGAGGGGACAAGACCCCGCUCUGACUCUGGCCUCGAGACAGACACACGGGGUUUGACAGGGGCGGUUCUUGGAUUCGGAAGGCAAUGUUGAUGAUGUAAGCACUUUUGUGUGUGUAUGUGUGAGUGUGUGUGCGCGUGUGUGGUUGUGUGUGCCUGUGCUCGCGCAGGGGCUGGUGGGGCGACCUCGCUGUAUCGAUCUUCAAGCCCUUCCCUCUCUUCCUUCCCUCCCCACCAACAUUUGACUCUGGGACCCCAGCUGCCAACUCAGUCUGAACUAUUCUAACAGGUGUCUCUGUCCACCCCCUCCCAAUUCCAUGUAUUUUUUCCCACCUUUUUACUUGCUGACUAUCCCCCCAAACCGAGGUAAGAAGUCCAGGACGUAUGUAGGACUCCUUCCCCCUUUCCUGUAUUCUUUUCCCCCAGUCUUUCUUUGGUCAGGGCUGAGGGGACAGAGAGAGGAAGAGGAGGGAGUGUGGUAGGUGUCACCAUUUUUUUUUUCUGGAGGCCAGGGUGGAAGAGGGCAGCUAAAGGUCCUUAUUCAAGUAGUACUGCCCAAGUUGCCUGGAGUGGCAAGGAAAGGAUUUUUAAGCUGGAUGGGACUUUUGAGUCCAGCGCCCUGAAGCCUCAGGAGGUGAGGACCCUGCCUUUGCCGAAAGUGUCAUUAGCAUCUGAGUGAGGGAGUGCAACCUGGGCGAGAAAACGUGUCCUAGGGCAAACCUUGGGGCAUGACUGACUCAUCAUUGGAGAAAGGGAGAUUUUCACCUAAUGUGUGGGAAGGACUUUCUAAUGAUGAGAGAUGGAUGCCCUAAGGUGCAUGGGCUUUUUGAGCAGGUGGUGAGUUCUCCUUUGCCGGAGGUCAUCUGUGGCUACUUGUUAGAGGAUAUUGUUUCAGGAAUUCAUGCUUCUUGUACAGAAGCUAUCUGAGCUCUCAUCCAGUUUAAAGGUUUUGUGAUCCUGUCUUCUGGCUUCUUAUUCCAGGGCUUAUACUCCCCAGCUCUCCCCUAGGCUCCUCACCCACAGGGGUGAUGGAACAGGGGAGGGCUUCAGAACCCCGAAGAGACAGGAGUCUGGAGGAGGAAGGCUCAUGACUCGCCAGCUGGUUCCCUAAGCCCCCUCACCUUUGGUAGCACUAUCACUGACUUUGGGAAAGCAAGACCACUAGAAGGCUGUCUUUUGGAGUCUUUGUCUGAAUCAGGGAAUUGGAUGUUUGGCCCCCAUGUUCCUGCCCCGUUCCAGUCCUACCAGGGAUUGAGUUAAUUGGAUUUUCCCUUCCCUCCUUUUCUAGAAUGACACCAGGCACUUCUCUUCUAGUUAGAGCAAAUGUCAGUGAUUAUUUUUUGUUGUCAUUUGUUGUUAUUAUUAAUAUUAUUAUUAAUUAUUAAUUAAUAUUUCCUUCCCCUUGCGCAUCUCAUCUCAUAUAUGCGCACAUUUCUUACUUCUGAAAGGGUGGGUAGAGUCUGAAUGGGGGCAGUAAGACCCUCACAUCUAGGUAAGGGCAUUGUACCCAUUUGACCUUUAUCCACUGACGGUCUAUCCAAGUGCCAUAGCUGGCCCACCCCCUGCCUCUCCCUUGCCCUGCCCCUUUCUUCUUCCCUUGACUCUGCUUCAUGGUUUUUUUUUUAUUUUUCUGGAAACCA